AUGGCGUCCGCGCCGCCGCGCGCGAAGCGCGGUCGCGACGACGACGACGAUGCCGACGACGACGCCGCGAGCGACUCGACGUCGUCGGCGUCCGGCUCGGCGUCGGACCCGCCGGCGUCGCCGUGGCGCGUGCCGAACUGGUACGAAGGACCCGUCGACGCCGACGGAAAGCCGCACGGGCGCGGGCGGCUGCGCCUCGACGAGGACGGCGCCUGGUACCAAGGCCGGUUCGAGCACGGCGCGAAGCACGGGAGAGGGACGCUGCACUUUCCCCCGGACUCGGACGACGACGACGACGACGACGGGGACGGGGACGACCGCCUUCUCUUCCCGCGAUCGCGCGCGUACAUAAAGGGCACGUUCAGAGACGACGCCGUGGAAGGACGCGCGACGUACCACGACGUCGACGGCUCCUGGCUCGAGGGACGGUACGCCCGCGGCGUCCUUCUCGACGGCGGCGAGGUCACGGAGUACCACCCCGGCGGCGCGGUGCGGUUCCGAGGCGCGUACGAGGGCGGCGUCCGACACGGCGACGGGGUCGAGUGGAGAGCGGACGGCGGCGUGCUCCGCGGGACGUGGCGCGAGGGCGACGCGCCCGGCGGCGCGAUCGGAGACGUCUUCGAGUACGUCUGGCCCGAGGUGUACGGCGUCGCGGGUCUGUCGAGGAGUCGUGAAACACGCCGUGAUGAAGACCGUGAUGAAGAAGAAGAAGAAAAACGCUCCGGCGUACGUCGUUACGACCCCGACCGCGGGAUCAUGCGCGUGGACGACGACGGCGCGUGGACGACGGGCGACGUCGUCGAGAACGAGAUCGUCGGCUUCGUCGUCGACCCCGACGGGCGCGAUCGCGCGCGCGAAUACGCCGAGCCGCGCGAGCGCGAGCGGUGGCGUCCGAACGGCCGAAUCGACGGCGAGAAGCUUCUGUUCCUGCGCGACGACCCGGAGAAGCGAACGACCGCGGCGGUCGGGCGGGACCCCGAGAGGGGCGAGCCGGUCCGCGGCUUGUUUCUGCGCGAGAACGACAAGCGAAUCCCGGGGUUCGAGACGCGAGGCUUCCGCGCUCGCGUCGUCGUUCGCGAGCGGUGGAGCUGCCGGAGGGAGCCGUUCGAGCACCCAACCUUCGGCGCGUGUUUCGCGCUCGUCGCGGAGCGAGACCUUCCCGCGGGCGCGGAGGUGACGCAGCCGCCGGAUUACGUCGGGGGCUGGCGCGUCGACCCUCGCACGGAGGCGGGGUAUUACUACCACCUCGCGCACACGCCGCCGAAGACGGUGUUCGCGUCGACGCGCGACGCCGCCGGCGUCGGCGUCGUGACCGUGAAGCAGCACGGCCCGUGGCGCGCGUUGUACUUGGACGGCGUCGAGCAGGGCUUGGCGUACUGCGACGCCGAGGAUAAAGACGAAAACUUUGUCCACGAUCCGACCGUGAUCGGGUUCGAGUACGUCCGCGCGAUGGCGACCGCGGCGGUCGCGGUCAUCGGCGACAGGUUGACCCGCCUCGAAGUAGACGCGGACGACGACGAGUGUUGUAGCGUUCUGUGCGUCGGCUUGGGCGCGGGGACGCUCGCGGCGUUCGCGAAGAGAGCGUCGUCAGGUCGAGCGCGCGUGAUCGCGGUGGAGGUGGACGAGGACGUCGUCGCCGCCGCGAAGGACGUCUUGGGGUUAAACUUCGAGGUCGCUGGUGAGGACGGCAGCGGCGAGGACGACGACGAGUGGACCCGCGCGCAGAGCGCGUCCACGUUUCGCGUCGUCCACGCGGACGCGGCGGCGUACGCGCGACGAUGCGCGGAAAAAAACCGCCACUUCGAUUGCGUUUUCCUCGACGCGUACGACGGCAACGGCGACGUCCCCGCGCAUCUCACGACGCGCGCGUUCCUCGAGUCAACGCGCGCGAUCACGCGGCGCGGCGGGUGCGUCGUCGCGAACGCGUGGAACGGCCCGCCGGGGUCCCCCGCGGCGGAGGCGCUGAAGCGUUUCUACGCAAACCUCAGCCGGCGCUCGAGCGAUGAGGACGGCGACGAGGACGCGCGCGUCGACGUCCAGCUCGUGAGCGUGGAAGGGCAGGAGAGCAACGCCGUCGUCGUGGGCGUGAAGAGGUGUCCUCCGGACUGGCCGCGCGAGGAGGACGCGAGGUUCUGCGAGCUUUGGGCCGGAGACGGCGGCGGCGGCGCAAGGGCGGCGGAUGACGCGCGGCGCGCCACGCGGGAUCGGCUCCGGGGGUGGGGCGCCGACGCGCGCGGGGUGGAGGACGCGAUUAAGGACGCGCUCGUGCCGCCGAAGCAACUUCGGGUGCACUACGCCGAGGGCGAUAGCUUAGACGACGAGACGUUAGCCCAGGCGUACGCGCCGUAG